ACGCAUGGUUUUUCUAUGACGCAAUGAAAGCAGGCGGGGCAUACGCAAGACCUUGAAACGAGAUUUGCUUUGGAAUAUCGGGAUUCGGGAUUCACUUUUUGGAGAAGUUGAUAUAGCUGCUGUAAUAACAAGCCCAUUUUAAGCGUGCGUAGAAGCUAAGAAGUAUCAUUGACACAUGUUGGUUUGGAAUAGUUUCCCCGUGUGCUUCGAACUUAAUUUCGUAAUCAAGAAUGACUUCACAACAGUUAUUUCGUUUACACUGGAAAAACCACUCGCCAAAUUUUGUCAGUGUUUUUUCUCAGUUGUUGAAUACAGAAUCCCUUGUGGAUGUCACACUGGCUUGUGAUGGAAAACAAAUCCAGGCUCAUCGUGUUGUAUUGUCAGCUUGCAGCACUUAUUUUCAGGAGCUCUUUGUUUCACAUCCAUGCCAGCAUCCAAUUGUCUUACUUAAAGACAUCAAAUUUGAAGACCUUCACACCGUCAUUCAUUUUAUGUAUUAUGGAGAAGUAAACAUACAACACGAUCAACUGAAUUCAAUUCUAAAGACUGCAGAGGUUCUACAUGUCAAGGGAUUCGCUGACGUAGCAGAUAAAGAAUCGUUUAGUGCGGCACUUCUGACCCAACAAAAUCAGCCGCUAGAAAAUCUGUCUGAAAGUCGACAGCAUUCAGAACAUUCACAAGAGUUUCUGGACGAUUGUUCCUUGGCUGCCAAACGUAAACGCCAAAGAAAUGGAUCAGGAAGCAGCCAAAUGAAAUCUGGGUCUCAAGAGCAACUAUCGUCUCAUUCACCGCUGUUAAAGAGACAAAACUUUCAGAGUAGCAAGGAAGCUACAGACUCAUCUAUGAGAUCGUCAAGUAGUUUAGAUAGCAACUCGGUCAUCAAAUCACAAAGCAGUCUUGCGGGGCAAAGUUCCGUAGAAUCUAAUGUUGACAACGAAUAUUUUUUCCCUAGAGAAAACGAUUCUAAACCACCAAUUUGUUCAACUGGUUCUCUGGAUACUGCCACCGCUAUGAUGGAAAAUGGCGCGUCCUGUGGUCUACCUCUUUCCAAGCAAAAAAGAACGCGUACUUUGAUGCGCCAAGAUUGCGUGACGCGAAAAGAAGGUGACAAAGAUGCCACAGGCGGUGUUGAAAACGAACGUGCCUCUCCUAUUAUUCAUACAUUUCAGCCCAUCCUCCCCAAGACACAAAAAAGCAUAAGUGAGACUGAAUUGGCCGAGUUGAGACAAAGGUCCCAAACUACAACAACAUAUCUUCAAAUACCUCCACGACAGACUGCACCGCAAUUGACUCGGCAGCGAUCUCAACCAAUUCAACCUCGCCCGUCAGGUACCACCUUGUCACCUGCCUCGGGCAACGUUUCAUCGACAACUCCUCCCCCACCUCAGUCAAUGAACAUACCUACACUAGCUGUUACACCUGUCAGUUCCGCUCCAAACAUUGUAAUCGAGCAUUACCCUACCAUUAUACGUUUAGUUUCCAUUGAGGAAAUGAAUACAGGAACAGAUCCUCCACCCUCUACAAUCCCUACACUUACUAGAGCUUCAAGUUGUACAGGAGGUACUUCUACAGAUACUUUACAAGUACCUUGUUUUGCUACGGAUUCUGUGCCAUCGUCUUCCUCUCACAGUCCGUCAAAACUUCGACAGGUUAAGGCUGAGGAAAAUUUGAGAAGAUCAAUUUCUAAUCCUGGCGUGUCCUCUUCACCACCCGUCUCGACUCCUAGCACCAACGGCCAUUGUCCAGUGCUCCGAACAGGAGCAGCUCUUGGAUGCAACUAUUGCUGGAACACGAAUGAUAGCCACGGUCGGAUUCUUAGACGGAAAACCAAGUACCAUUGUCCAGAUUGCCAGGCAAACUUGUGUAUUGUUCCCUGCUUCCAGGAAUUUCACGAAAAGUUUGUUUCCUCCAAUGAAACAAAAUCUAGUGGAUCACAGCAAAAAGGAUCCAGUACCAGCCACCAAAUGUCCAAAAUGAGCUCAUUUUGAAAUGAAACGGUUAGUGAUUGAAGGAACGGUUAUUUUUAUGCGCUUAUCGCAAAACUAUUCCUCCAUCUUUCUAUUUAUCGAUUUUCUCACAAUUCUCUUGUCACGGACCCGGUUCUGUACGAUGUCUAUCUAUCUAUAUAAUUGCACAACGAUAUUCCGUUUGUUCAAUUAAAUUCAGCACCUUUUUUAAAUGAUGAGACAUCGUUUCGUGAUCACGAAGUAUAUUUACGAUGUAAACUCAUUCUCGUUCAAAAAUUUAACAAAAAAAAAAAGAGAAAUCAUUCCGAUGCCGAAAGGCCAUAUAUAGUUACUUAUCAAAGUACGUUUUUAAGCCAUGCAUUUUCCACCGACAAUCCUUCGUGUUAAGGACUUCCAUGUUCUGAUGCGCAAUCAAGAUUUGUUACUUACAAAUUUGUCUACAUUUGAGUCAGUUAACCAAAGUUCAAUUUUGCGAAUGCUUUCACACUUGUUCUUUUCCCUCGUCUAGGGUGCCUUUCCCUGUUGUUUGUGUCGCCGAAUUUCCCCCUUAAAAAGUUCUUGUUAAUUUUGAUUCAUUGGAUUAUUUGCCUAAUCUACUACUGUAUAUACGACGACCAUUCACCUUCUAUGUAGAGUGUACAGUUAUCAAUGUUUUCAAAUUAAUAUUUUUCCACGCGAGAGAUAUGUUCUUGCAAAAAAUGAUUCGUCAUUCACAUUUAAUUAACAUAACAUUUAAUGCACGCGGUGCCAUUGUUUCCCCCUUCAAAAUAUAUAUAAAUGCUUGAAAUUGAA